AAAAAUGUAUAUACUACGGCUCUCGGCACAAGCAUGUACGGCAAAGGCAAGAGUAACAGUAGCGCCGUCCCGUCCGACAGCCAGGCCCGGGAGAAGUUAGCACUCUAUGUAUAUGAAUAUCUGCUCCAUGUAGGAGCUCAGAAAUCGGCCCAAACAUUUUUAUCAGAGAUAAGACGGGAAAAAAACAUCACAUUGGGGGAACCACCAGGAUUCUUGCAUUCUUGGUGGUGUGUGUUCUGGGAUCUCUACUAUGCAGCCCCAGAGAGGCGGGAAACAUGCGAGCAUUCAAGCGAAGCGAAAGCCUUCCAUGAUUAUCCAUUCAUGUCACCUCGGUACCCUGGAGGUCCAAGGCCCCCAUUGAGGAUCCCUAAUCAGGCACUUGGAGGUGUCCCAGGAAGUCAGCCAUUACUCCCCAGUGGAAUGGACCCAACCCGACAACAAGGACAUCCAAAUAUGGGUGGGCCAAUGCAGAGAAUGACUCCCCCACGAGGGAUGGUGCCCUUAGGACCACAGAGCUAUGGAGGUGCCAUGAGACCCCCACUGAAUGCUUUAGGUGGCCCCGGAAUGCCUGGAAUGAACAUGGGUCCAGGUGGUGGCAGACCUUGGCCAAACCCAACAAAUGCCAAUUCAAUACCAUACUCCUCAGCAUCUCCCGGGAAUUAUGUAGGUCCACCAGGAGGCGGAGGGCCACCAGGGACACCCAUCAUGCCCAGUCCAGCAGACUCAACCAACUCGGGAGACAACAUGUAUACUUUAAUGAAUGCGGUACCUCCUGGACCCAACAGGCCUAAUUUCCCGAUGGGCCCCGGGUCAGAUGGCCCCAUGGGUGGAUUAGGAGGAAUGGAGUCACAUCACAUGAAUGGCUCAUUAGGCUCAGGAGAUAUGGACAGUAUUUCCAAGAACUCUCCCAAUAACAUGAGCCUGAGUAAUCAGCCGGGCACCCCGAGGGAUGAUGGCGAGAUGGGGGGAAGCUUCUUAAAUCCUUUUCAGAGUGAGAGCUACUCCCCGAGCAUGACCAUGAGCGUGUGAGCCCGCGGACCCCGCGGGGAGCCGGCCCUCCGCGGAACCACUACGGAAGAUAAUUACUCAUCACAGCGUGCAGUCAACCAAGGAAUCUCAGUCACACCAAGCCGACCUUUUUAUUUCCUGCUCUCUCCCCUCUCUCGUGAAGAAAGCGGGUCCAAACGUGAUUCAAACAACCGUCCGGAGCGGCAGACUCGCGCUGCCCGCCGCGGAACUGCAAAUCAUGCCCUGUGUGUGUCUGUGUGUGGGACGGCGGAUGUGCUGUCCACGUGUAUGGUAAACGGACAUAGGCACAUGCGUGCGGUGACCCACAGGACACUCACGAACACGAUCACGUGGCAUCUUACGUAGCGAUAAGUAGGGACUUUUAUUCCAUCCUUUUUUUCACGUUUACAUUUUAAUUAUUAAAAGUCGCUCCCGCCCCCUCCCUGAACUAUUUUGUGCUGUGUAUAUCACUGCUUUAUAUAAGUUAUUUUUUAAGGUGAACUCAGAUGUUAUGGUUUUGUAAAUGUCUGCAAUCAUGGAUAGGAAUAAAAUGGCUUAUUUCA